AAAAAAAAACCUCUAUAGCAAUACACUCCAAACUGAGCAAGUUCAGAGUGUCUCCACACAAUAUGUCUCAUCAGGAGAUAAGAGGGGGACACUGGAAGAAGGGGAGGAUCAGUGAAGUCAGUAUCAAACAGCCUUUUUACACAAUGCAGAGGAUUAACCCCUUAGGUUCCACAGUGAGUAUAACAAGCAUGCUUUACUGCAUAUACAGACUGAUUUUACUGUUGUGGGUUUAGUAACAGCUUAAGGCAUGGAGGGGCAUUUGGAGGCAGAAAAAAAAAAAGUUCA